AAGUGUUUUGAAACUAGGCAACGUUGAAUUUAGUUACAUACAGAUAUUUUUAAUUACAAGCUAGCACUACAAAUAUAUUUUCAGUAAAAUACAGAUUUCGCCAGAUUAUCAUAUAUAUACAUAUAUAUUCAAGCGCAAAAAGGAAGUCAUUUUGUAAGGACUCAAGUCAUGUCGCUGGUCUACAUAACACAUCAUAAUGAGAAUAUUUUUGAUUUGGAGCGGGCGCCCGAGAAGCCGCCGGAAAAUCGUCCAGUAGUCAAUAGUACGUCCACAAAAGCAGCUGCAUAUGCUAAGGAGCGGCGUGAUCGUCUAAAUAUAGAGCGCAAGAAGCAUGAUGUUAUCUUGCUAAAGGGAGGCGUCCGCUUGCUCACCGAUGCCAAGAAGGCAUAUCAUCGCACCAUGGGCUGUGCCAAUGUGCCGCUCGAUCCGCCGUGCGCCUUCUUGCGCAAGAAUCAGGGUGUCAAAUGGCGUCGCGAGAAUUUGCACGUGUGCCCCAAAAGUGACAACAUGCCACCUCUGCCGCCGAUGGGCAAAAAGGUUACAAAACCGGACAUGGUGCCGAAUUUUGUUAACCGUAAUAAGAUUUGUGCAAGUAGCUUCGUGCGCUGUCCGCCGCCUCCACGCUAUGUGGACACACCCGGCGGCACACGCCAGAAUUUGUUGAACUCGGGCAUGGUGCCGCAGUAUGUGUGCCGCAAGGACUUUGGGAAGGUCCCCGUUUACAUACAGAAGACCAAAGCUAUGCUCAAAGAGGCACACACCAUCUGCUGUAAGGAACGGGCACGUCUCAUGGAGGUUUGCGGCGGCACGAAGCUGACAGAAUCAUUAACCGAAAUGACGCAACCAGCACGUGCCGAUGGAGCACCGCCUGAGAUGCCAGGCAUGCGCGUAAUGGAUCAAGAGGAGCGUAAUGAAAUACUUGUGGGUCUUCGCGCUCAUCUGAAUGAGAUGACCAAGAAUUAUCAGUCGAUGCCCUUGCUGAUUGACAGCGAGAACAAGCGUCAGCGCAAGGGCAAGUUGGAGAGUGACUUGCGACAGCUCGAGCAGGAUAUGCUGCUGCUCGAGACCAGUCCCAUUAUCUAUGUUUCACUGUAUUAAGUUAUGUUGCUUAACUAGACAAACAUGCACUUAUAAUCUACGUUCGAAUAAAAUUUAACGGGCAUAUUCUAGAUUUCGACACCUGAUCAAACCGCACAGAUUCAACGAGAAAAUUGGAAAAAGAAAACAGCUUGAAGCUUGCGGCAUUGAUUUGGUAUUGAAAUUUAGAGAGGCACUGUUCAAGUUUAUGCAUCC